AUGCAAAGUUCAGUUUAUUUUGACCAAACAGGGUCAUUUGCGUCCAGUAGCGACAACGUUGUGUCUAGUACCACCAACACACACAACAUUUCUCCCAGUCAUCGUUCCAGUUUGAAUCUGAACACUACUUCUCAUCCCCACGAAGCGUCGGGUAGAGGAAGCGCAAGUGGGGAGUUGUAUUUGAAUGACACAAACUCACCCUUAGCGAUAUCUUCUAUGCUAAACACACUUGCCCUUGGAAGUAUGCCCCAAGACAUUGCAAGCAGCAACAUUAGCAAUCACGAUAACAACAUUAAGGGGAGCUACAGCCUAAAAUUGUCAAAUGUAGCCAAGGAUAUUACUCUCAGAGAAUGCUAUGCAAUCUUCGCUCUUGCUGAAGGUGUGAAAAGUAUAGAAUUACAGAAAAAAAACUCUUCAUCAAGCAUCACUUCUGCCUCAUUAGAAGACGAGAAUGAUAUUUUUAUCAUUGCCAGAUUUGAGUUAUUGAAUCUAGCUAUUAAUUAUGCCGUUAUUUUGAAUUCGAAAAAUGAACUCUUUGGACCCAGUUUUCCCAAUAAAACAACCGUUGAAAUAAUAGAUGACACAACAAAAAACUUGGUUUCAUUCCCAUCAUCUGCCAUUUUCAAUGACACCUCAAGAUUGAAUAAAUCGAACUCGGGAAUGAAAAGGCCAAGUCUGUUAUCACAAAGAUCCAGGUUUUCAUUCAGCGAUCCAUUUUCCAAUGAUUCUCCUUUAAGCCAACAGCAAUCUCAACAGCAGCAGCAACAGCCACAACAGCCACAACAACACUCUACGCAAAAACAUUCACCACAACAAUGUAAUCAACAACAAGUGAAUUCUUCAAUACCGUUAUCUUCUCAAGGCCAGGUUAUUGGGUUACAUUCUAACCAUUCACAUCAAGAUUUGUCUGUGGAAUCAACAAUUCAAACAUCUGAUAUUGGCAAAUCUUUCCUUUUGAGAGAUAACACUGAAAUUAAUGAAAAGAUAUGGGGCACAAGCGGUAUACCUUCCAGCAUCAACGGUUACAUGAGCACUCCCCAACCUUCUACGCCAACUUUAGAAUGGGGAAAUACUUCUGCAUCCCAACAUGGUUCUUCGUUCUUUUUACCCUCUGCAGCAUCGACAGCCAUUGCACCUACGAAUAGCAACACCAGUGCCAAUGCAAACGCCAGCUCCAACAAUGGAGCCAGCAAUAAUGGUGCUAACCAGGCACUCUCUGCCAGCUCGCAACAACCAAUGAUGCAAAUUGGUAACACGAUUAACACUUCCCUAACCUCUUCAAAUUCAUUGCCUCCAUACGGUUUAAUGUCUUCUCAAUCGCAGCACAUUUCAAAUAUGGUAAACACCUCUGAUAUGAACAUUACACCUCAAAAACAGAACAGAUUUAUGCAACAACCCCAACCAGAGCAUAUGUAUCCUGUGAAUCAAAGUAACACUCCUCAAAAAGUACCGCCCGCAAGAUUAAGUUCAAGUAGAAAUUCACACAAGAAUAACUCUACUACCUCAUUAUCCUCAAAUAUUACUGGAUCUGCCUCGAUUUCUCAGGCUGAUUUGUCACUACUAGCCAGAAUUCCACCUCCUGCCAACCCUGCUGAUCAAAAUCCACCUUGUAAUACCCUUUAUGUAGGGAAUUUACCCUCCGACGCUACUGAGCAAGAACUAAGACAGCUAUUUUCUGGUCAAGAAGGCUUCAGAAGACUAUCAUUCAGGAAUAAGAAUACCACAUCUAAUGGUCAUAGUCACGGACCGAUGUGCUUCGUUGAAUUCGAUGAUGUCAGUUUUGCAACCAGAGCGUUAGCUGAAUUGUAUGGUAGACAGUUACCUCGCUCCACUGUGAGCAGUAAGGGAGGUAUCAGAUUAAGCUUUUCAAAAAACCCACUGGGUGUUAGGGGCCCAAACAGCAGAAGAGGAGGCAGUGGUAACCCAAAUCCUAAUGUAAAUAUGCUUUCCAGUUACAAUUCUAAUGUUGGUCAUAUAAAAAACUAA